CUGCUACGCGUUAUAAGUUGAUUAUCUGGGGCAUACCGAGCGAGGGAUUGACCUGUUUUCUGCCAACCCAUCCCUCCGUGAUCCUCGACAACGGCGAUUCUACAAAUGCGUUUCUUGUGUUUACACGGACAAGGCAGCAAUGCCCGAAUCUUCCAGCAGCAGACUGCCGCACUGCGCUAUGAACUUGGAGACGACCACAGCUACGACUUCGUCAACGGCGCGGUCGCAUGGGAAACCGAUCGAGAUCUGGAUCAGUUCGUGAUGGGUGAAGAGCAAACGUUCGCGCACUGUGACCCCGACGGACCCGAAUCAUGCCUCCAAGCUCUGGAGCACCUCGAACGGUACAUCGCCGCGGAAGGACCUUACGACGGCAUCAUGGGGUUCAGCCAAGGGGCCAAUGUUGCCCUGAGCUGGCUGCUCAAGUUGCAGCGCGAGGCACGCCCACUGCCCUUCAGGUUCGGGGUCUUCUUCUCCAACCCGUGGGCUGUGUACGAUUACCAGGAGCUGGUGGGCGGUCGCAUUGUGCCCUUGCAGCGGGACGCGUGCGCGGGGAUGCUGGAUCUGCCGACGGCGCAUAUCUGGGGGUCGGCGGACAAGAACGCACCGGCGUCGGAGGCGAUCACGGCGGCCUGUGUGGAAGGCAAGCGAUCAGUCUGGGUUCAUAACAAGGGCCAUGAGAUUCCCGUCAACACUGACGCGGUGAUCGCGAUGGGGAAGACGAUCACCCGGGCGCUGGUGAGAGCUUCGACGACGCAAUAUGCCUAGCUAGUCCUCCCUCCAGUGGAUUAGCAAAUGUACCAGUGGUUUGCUGCCCGUAGUUGAUCCUUCACCCUCGUCUCCGUCGGGGUUCUGCUGAGCGAGCAAACGGCAAAUGCAAAUGAAGAUGAGAUGCGUAGCGUAUAGGGGGGCGUAAACCGAGCUACCAAGACGGGAGAGAAAGAGGGGAAAGGGUCUGCCAGCCGUGUUUCGUGCAACUCCUGGCAUUAUCCUGACUGGUGGACGAUAGCCAAGAGGGACUGUAUCUGUACACUGCCUCGGUAGCAGUCUUCUGCAG